GAAGUUAGGCGUAUAUCAAUGACACAUGACAAAUGACAAUGACAUUAGUAAAGUGACUAACUUCAGAAUGUGUAUCUUUCUUUCGCCAUAAUUUCUUUCAAAGAUGGCCCCAACAGAGAAGCAGCCCGCCAAGGGCAAGAAGGUAGGAAAAUCGAGAAACUAUGAUCUAGGAAACGGCAUAGUUAGGUUUUCUCGAACCAAGAUGUUUCAUAAGAAAGCUUUAUACAAAUUUAUUGGUAAGAAAGUAGCCGCUGAAAAGAAACCUGUUAAGCCACGUGUUAUUGAGAAACAAAUCGGUGGCGAGAAAAACGGAGGAAAGCGUUUUGUUUUGGUAGAAAAGCGUCGGGCAGUUUACCCUACACAAGAGAGAAUCAAGAAGCGACCAGCUAAACAAUUAUUUAAGGACCAUUCUAGAACAUUAAGAGCCUCAAUCAGCCCUGGAACAGUACUGAUUCUUUUGGCUGGUUCACAUAAAGGAAAGCGUGUUGUUUUCUUGAAACAACUUAAAUCAGGACUUCUCCUUGUUACUGGUCCAUUUGGUAUUAAUGCAUGCCCUCUGAGGAGAAUCAGUCAAAGAUACGUUAUUGGUACACAAACAAAAAUUGACAUCAGUGAUGUUAAAUUACCAGAAACUCUUAAUGACGAAUAUUUCAAGAGACAAAGACAGAAGAGGGCCAAAAAAGAAGAGGGUGACAUUUUCCAAACUAAAAAACAAGGAUAUAAAGUGAGCGAUCAAAGAAAAACUGACCAGAAAGAAGUUGAUACCCAAGUAUUAGCUGCAAUCAGAAAACACCCAGACAGGAAAGUUCUUUUGGCGUACUUGUCAGCAAUGUUUGGCCUGCGAUCCAGUCAAUUUCCACACAGGCUACAAUUUUAGACAGUAAGAAAACCAUAGUUUAUUGGUGAUUGUGUUGUACAUUAUUAUUUCAAUAAAUUGUGGAUUUAUUUAA